UAUUUAUUGAGCGCUUACUAUGUGCAGAGCACUGUACUAAGCGCUUGUUUCCAGAGGUGGGGGCGGCUAAUGAGUAGAACAAGGGACCAGGAGCCUCCUUUCAGGAUCUAGACUCAUCCUUCAUUUCUGACAGGAAACUCCAUGUAUCCAUCUAUGGAUUCCAAAGGUCUAAAGCAGAACAGAUGCGACAGGCACUGAUGAAAAAAGAAUGACUGUAAUUGGAGGUUGUUGUUCUUUUUGUCACCAGUUGGUCCCUUAUGCCUCUGGGGCAGGUUUCGCCCUGGAAUGAAUGUAACAACAACGAUGACAGCGAUGAUGGUCCCCGGCAAGGAAGCUGGGUUGCAGAGAAUGCUUCUGGAGGAGGGAGCAAAGGAAAAUAAAUUUAGCAUCCCCCUCCCCAUUCCUCCUUCCUUGUGUAACUCAUCUGUAAUGAGUUGCGGUUUCUUUUGUUUCCUGAAGUGGUCUGCCCCUUGUGUCUGAGCUAUCUGAGCAAUGCCCCCGGAGGGUAAGAAUAACCCACAAUGGCUGAGAUGACUCCUGCUGUCUUUUGUCUUGCUGCAGUUGUCAGCCCCAAAGGUCUGGGAAGCAAAGCGCCUUGGACAGUUAAAACUUGAGGAUGCACAAUCGAGCUCUAUCAAUAGGUUCUUCCUCAACUGGGUUGACCCCGCUGAUUUAUUUUUCUUUUUAAAUUUCAGAGCUAAUUAUUAAUCAGCCAUUCUCUGUAACCUAAAAACUAGAUGUCUAGUCUAAAAGGGUGAGAUUCUUCUGCCCAGUUUCAGAGGUAUUCUUCAACUGGGGGGUAACUGCAACAUGGAACGCUGGGACGUGCUGGGGUUUCUGAUCAUCACACUGAACUCCAAUGUAACCAUGGUGGGAAAGAUGUGGCUCAUCUUAAUGAUACUACUGAGGAUGGCAGUGCUUGUUCUUGCAGGCUAUCCCAUCUACCAGGAUGAGCAGGAGAGAUUCGUCUGCAAUACUUUACAGCCGGGGUGUUCCAAUGUUUGUUAUGACAUUUUCUCUCCAGUGUCCCACUUGAGGUUCUGGCUGAUCCAGAGUGUUUCUGUGCUCCUUCCGUAUGUGGUAUUCAGUGUCUACGUCUUGCACAGAGGGGUCACGCACAUUAGAACGGGGCCUUCUCCACCAGACAGCUGUAAAGGGGGUGACUCUCUGAUGGGCCCCAGAGCUCCAACCUCCCCCAGAUCACACUGCCUGACCCCCGGGAGUGUGGACAUUCCUGAUUUUUCCUCAGCGUACACCCUACAGCUCAUUCUGAGAACUCUGCUUGAAGUGGCGUUCAGCCCUGGACAAUAUUAUCUCUUUGGAUUUCUGGUUCCCGAACAGUUUUCCUGCUACCGCUCGCCUUGCACGAGCAUGGUGGAUUGUUAUAUCUCCCGUCCUACUGAGAAAUCCAUCCUGGUGCUUUUCAUGUGGGGAGUCAGCGGCCUCUCCUUUGUCCUCAGCGUGGUCGACCUGGCCUGGGCCCUGCAGCGAAAGGUGGUGAGGAAAAGCCUCGCGAGACUGGGGACGGCACCAUCCCACGCCCUGGACACGAUUAAUCAAUCCCAGCUCCUUCCCGGGCCCCACAGGGAGUGGGCUGCUGCUCCAGUUGAGCGAAAUACCCUUUACCUGGAGGGGAUGUCUAGUCAGGCUAGUGAGAACCCUGGGUGGCCACAGCCCAGACAAGAAGUCACCAUCCAGUCAACCACAGGGUUGAACAUACCCGGCGAUAAGUCCAGUGUACUGGGGAGUGUGGAUGAUGGCAGCGAAGUGAUCUCUUGUGUGAGUGAACGUCCUGGCCUCUCCCGCAGACAGUCCAGGGCUCAGCACGUGAAAGAGGCAGCAUUCUCUCUGCAACUUGACGAGAAAUCUCAGCUGGGACGAGGCUCCUCGGCAGCUUCAAGCCGGCUGGAGGGGCAACACCCACUCGGUGGGCGCAAGUCUUCUGAGGGGCAGUUACUGUGUAGCAGCCCCAGCUACCUGAGAUCAAAAAAGUCAGAAUGGGUGUGAAGCUCACCCCGAGGGAUGUCCGGUGGAGAUCCGGGUGAAAGCAUGCAGGCUCUCUCUGUAGAGUUGACUGCAUGUCUCAAGAAGGGACCUGUGAGAACAAUUCAACUUCAUUUCUGUGCCAAACCCCUCUCCGAAAAACCUUAUCCCUUGACUGGAUACCUAAUACUGAGUAAAGAACAAAAGCAACAGCUUGCUGUAAAGACCUCCAGAUGGUUUGGGAAGCCCCGAGAGGUGAUCAGAGAAGAUUUCAUUUAGAUAACUUGGGUCGCUUAGUUAAGAUUUGUUUCGGGAAGCAAUGUGGCCUGGUGGAAAGAUAGUGGGCCUGGGAGUC